AUGGCGAAUACACACAUUCCGUUGGGAAGCAAAGGACAAGUCCUGUUCUGCGUCAUAUUGGUUAAUGUUUGGGAGGCAAUUUCUGGGCAGAUUCGCUAUUCGAUUCCUGAGGAAAUGCAGAAAGGCUCCAUUGUGGGGAAUAUUGCAAAGGAUCUGGGACUGGAUAUAAAGGACCUGUCAGACCGCGGAGUCCGCAUUGAAGAUGAAUUGGAAUUUAGAAUCAGUGAGUCAGCCGCUGUGGGAACCCGAUAUUCUCUUGAGGGGGCGCAGGAUCCAGAUGUGGGAACCAAUUCUGUUCGGGCCUAUUACCUCAGCAGUAACAAACACUUCUCUCUGGAUGUGCAGACUGGAGCUGACGGAGACAAACACGCCGAACUGGUGCUGGAAAAGUCUCUAGACCGGGAAGAACAAGCUGUUCACGAUCUAAUCCUCACAGCCACUGACAGGGGAGAUCCGGUCAGGUCCGGCACUGCGCAGAUCCGCGUUAUUGUCCUUGACGCAAAUGACAAUGCACCAGUUUUCAGUCAGCCUGUCUAUAAAGUGAGUGUUUUGGAAAAUGUGCCCGCCGGGUCUCUGCUGCUGACAGUAAACGCCACAGAUCCCGACGAAGCGAUAAAUUCGGAGGUCACAUAUUCGCUCCGGAAGAUGAAAGACAAAGCGUCUCAGAUAUUCCAGGUGGAUUCUAAAACUGGAGAAAUAUCAACUGUGGGAAACCUGGACUAUGAGGAAGCUGCAUUAUAUGAAAUGGAGGUUCAAGCAAAGGACGUUGGAGACCUCUCGGCCAGAUCUAAAGUUCUGAUAGCUGUUAUUGAUGCCAAUGAUAAUGCUCCUGAAAUUACAGUCACGUCUGCCAUCAAAUCGGUGAGUGAAGAUAGCCCUCCAGGGACUGUGAUAGCUCUAAUAAAUUUAUACGAUCGAGAUUCAGGAGAGAAUGGAGAGGUCACAUGCUCCAUCCCCAGAAACAUCCCAUUUUGGUUACAGAAAUCAUUCGAUAAUUAUUACAGUUUGGUGACUGACAAACCCCUAGACAGGGAGCAGGUCUUGGAUUACAGUGUAACUGUCACAGCCACAGACCGAGGGACCCCUCCUUUAUCCUCAAUAACAACAAUUUUAGUACAGCUUUCAGACAUAAACGACAACGCUCCUGUGUUCAACCAGACAUCCUACACUUUGUACAUCACAGAGAACAAUCCCAGAGGAGCUUCCGUUUGUUCGCUGAAAGCGAAUGAUCCUGACUGGAAGGAGAAUGCCCGAGUCACUUACUCCAUUAUUGAAGAAGACAGAAGCGAAGUCCCCUUGUCCUCCUCCAUCUCCAUUAACUCCGAGACUGGGGCUCUCUACACUCUGCGCUCCUUCGAUUACGAACAGUUCCGGGAGAUUCGGUUCCAAGUGCAGGCUCAGGAUGGGGGUUCCCCACCUCUCAGCAGUAAUGUCUCCGUCACUCUCUUUAUACUGGAUCAGAAUGACAACAGCCCGCACAUCUUACACCCCUCCUUUCCCACCGAUGGCUCCACAGGAGUGGAGUUGGCCCCUCGCUCCUCCGAGCCGGGUUACCUGGUCACUAAGGUGGUGGCGGUGGAUGCAGACUCCGGGCAGAACGCCUGGCUCUCCUACCAGCUGCUGAAGGCUACAGAGCCGGGGCUCUUUUCUGUGGGACUCCACAGCGGCGAGAUCAGGACGGCGCGCUACUUUCUCGACAAAGAUGCGCUCAAGCAAAGUCUGGUGGUUUUAGUGAAGGACAACGGGCAGCCCCCUCUCUCUGCCACGGCCACUGUCACGGUGGUGGUGGCUGACAACAUCCCCGAAAUCCUCUCCGAUUUAAGCAGCCUCUCAGCUCCUGUAGACCCCCAGUCCAGCCUCACCUUGUAUUUGGUGAUCGCUGUGGCUUCCGUUUCCUGCUUGUUCCUUACCUUUCUCAUAGUGUUAGUGGCCCUGAGGCUCCGGCGGUGGAGAAACUCGCAGCUGUUUGACUCCUCGAGUGUGACUUUCAGUGGAGUUCCCGUCUCGCAGUUUGUGGGGCUCGAUGGAGUCAGAGCUUUUCUUCACUCCUACUCACAUGAGGUUUCUCUCACCACGGACUCCAGAAAGAGCCAGUGUAUCCAGUCAGAAUUAAACUAUUCAAAUACUCUCACUAAUGGGCCGAUUAAUGAGAAAAAGGAAGGUCUCUUAAUUGCAGAAAACUCGAAGAAUAAUGACGGGAAUUACGCGUUUGGUCAGAUCUCUAUCGGUGACUUCAUUAGCUUUGUGUGCUGCAGUUCUCCGGCUGAGCUCAGAGUGCCGCUGUUGGCCAAUGCGGUGCGGAGCUACAGCCUGAGAUCCAUUACAGCCGACUGCAGCCUGAUUUCUCAUCCAGUGCAGAUCGUUGAGAAAACAACUCGAGAAACGCGCACACAGCCUCGCUGCUCAGAGAAAGCCUCCCUCCGGACUCUGAUGUUCAAUUAG